GGUACGUUUCUUACAAAUUAAUUUCUUAUGCAUUAAUUUUUCGGUUAUUGUGACACAUCCAUCACCCAGAAUGUGAAGAUGAAAUAUACACAUAGGCCUAUAUCUUGCUAAGAUGGCAUAUUUUAGUUUCGCGGUUAUGUAUGCCCCGCCCCCACUGGCGGCGAGCUGGCGCGGGCGAGCCGAGGCGAGAGGUUUUGAUGUGGCCAUACUGGACGCGAACAAGAGCUGGCAACAGCGCGAGCAGGCGCGGGCCAAAGCGGGGAGGGUUGACAGUUACCUUUUCUCACUUGAACCGCUCGGGAAAUAUGGAUAUUGACACCCUUAUUACGGAAGUUUCUAUGACUCCCUGUAUUUGGGAUGCGUCACAUAAGCAGCACAGCGACAGAACAGUUACGGCACAGCAGUGGAAAAGGAUUGCAGAAAAACUGGGAGUUUCUGACGAAGCAGCGAAGAAGAAGUUUAAGAACCUCCGCGACCAGUUCAGACUCGAACUGAAGAAGAUUCCCCUGGAGAAAUCAGGGGACCCGGAGUUACGCAUGGAGGAGUACCUCACCAUCUGGCCGUGGUUCAGAAAGAUGUACUUCCUGAAGGACCAGAUCCUGAGACGGGCGAACGCUGGCAACUCGAGCGGGACUUCGGCGAAGAGAAAAUACGACCCGGACUUCGUUGAGGGCGACAUGGGAGACCAGCCUUCGCCCUUGCAAGUCUUCGAUGGGAUUCAGACCUACCUCUCGAAGGGCCAGAGCGAAGACUCGGACUGCUCGAAGAAAAUGAAGGAAUCGAAUCUGCAGGUCAAUUUUCUCGAGUUGUUGAGGACACAAGCGGAGGAAGAGAGAGACGGUGAUAGGAUGUUCCUGCUGAGUCUGUUGCCCGCGAUGAAAGCCCUCGAACCACAGCGAGCUUGCUUAUUUCGUAUAAAAGUGCAACAGUUGCUGUACGAGGCACAGUUUUCUCAGGACUUCGGCCAGACGUUUUCAGAAUAAACUACCGGUCGAUUUACAAUGUACAUUUGAUAAAUUUACGUCAUAUACCUUUCCACCUGUUCAGGAAAAUAUUUUCCUCUCAAAACUCAAGAUUUGGCAAUAUUUCCGGUUUCUUGUUGCGUGUCUUAAUCCCAUCCACAUACAAAAUGUUAAAAAGACGGACUGUGCAGAAAAUCAUAUAGGUACUUUAAUAAUUCUAUUAGUUAUUAUAUUUUUAUAUAAUAUGAAUGUUUAAGCAUUUUUUGUUUAACGAGUCUUCAAUAAAUUACAAUAUCACAUU